GCUAUCGGCGUUGGGAAACGCGUCCACUGUACAAUUCCCUGAGCCUGUGCAGCUGACUCCUACUGUACACACAUCCACGUACGAGCCCACUGCCUCAUAAAGACACCCACUGUGCUGCCUCCGUCCCUUUUUCUCAACGCAAAACCACGUGACUGAACAUUCCCUCAUUGUCGCUUGACAAUGGACUCCACAUCCACCCAUGUAGCACACACGCGCUUACUUCAUCGGGCUCCGUCUCGUUAUAAGAAACCCACUGCGCUUCAUACCUUUUUUUUUUUUUUUUUGUACCAUGUCCUGAUUGUCUUGUUUAGCAUCUGUUUUUAGUCUUGUUCUGACCGCAAAUAAACUGCAUGUGUCCGUCGUGUCGGCAUCAUCCGUGACACACUCGCUCCCAGAGCCCGUGUGGCCGACUAAUUUUGCCUUCUGUUACUCUGCUGAGGCAGUUCUUUCUAAAUAUAAACCCCCCCGUGUGAGUGUGUGUGUGUGUGUGCGUGCGAUACGUUCCGUCGGUCGCACCAACGUGGCUCUUUUGGCAUUAUUACAGAGUACAGGAUGGUUGUUUGGCGUUGGGAGAGUUGGAAACGAAUGUUUCCGGAGAACCGUUCGUGUUUUUCAAAGCCUUGUUUACCUCACGCGGGAUCUUAGCUGGCAGCCUCCGAAAGCACACGGCGCACAACUCUUGUACUUCAGUACACACACAGUCAUGUUAAUGUCAGCGGCUAGACAGCACCGGGAAAUUUACGGGGCUCAUAACUUAAGGUUUUAUAUGUGGGCCGAGCUACGGGGCCCCGGUAUUGCACCAAUAAAUAUUACAAUACGUAUAUAAUAUUCAGCCAAUAAACAUCCAUCCAUACUGUCCACUGCAGGCUGCGUAAACACAAAGAAGGUACAUAUUGUGUAGGUUAUAUACACAAAAAGAACAGAUAGGUUCCUCUAUUGUGGCACAUGUACUGAUGGGUUACUGCCGGCCAAUAAAUGUACUCAGGCUCUGUGGAGAAGUGAAAGGGUGAAGCGUGAAACUUCCCUUAACUGUCACAUUAUUGAGCAUUUAUCAAUAUUUUCCUGCCUUUUAAAUGUAUCCAAGUUAUUAAUAAAUAGUAAAUUAUCAGCACUGAAUGUCGAUAUUUAUAACCUGGCAAAGAGAAGGACUUCUAGUCUGCACUUAUUUGUGGAUCUAAACUGAUUCCAUUGUUACAUCUUGUCUGGGUUAUUUUUUAUUAUAGUUUAUCUCGAGUGUAUUUUCGGUCGGACCUAUUUAUAGGAGACUACAUCGAUUCACAACACCGCGAUACUGUUUCUGUCCUUCCUGUUUUAAUAUGAAGUCAGGGAGGAAAAGUCUUCCUCGGCCCAAAAAUAGACGGUGGUACGGAAAUAUGCUCCUGGAAGCGCUGGAGUCCAACACUCGGUCACGAGUCCGCCUAGAAGAACUGGAAAAAAAAAAGAAAGAAAAGGGGGGCGUCGGUGGAUAAAUGAAGCGCCCCGGUACCGGGGAGAGCGAGACUCCGGCGCGAGCGAGCGAGCUUUCUCUGUCAGGGAAUUCCGGGUGUCCGGGUGUCCGGUGACGUCACGGCCUGUCUCGCAGUGAGCGUACGCGCCGCUGAGUUUGCGUGGAUCCGUCCCUUUAAAGCAGCGCUCAGCGCAACGCGAUCCCUGCCUGCUUCUGUGAGAAAGGCAGGGGGGGGAAAGGAGCUCGACGCCGAGACACAGACAGAGACAGAGACACAGAGACGGAGACAGACGAGUCAGAGGAGCGCGGAACAGAGGCGAAUAAAAACCGGAAUAUAGAGGAGCGAGCCUGCCAAGGGCACCAGAGACGCGCUCCGCUCGUCAGGCGGAUCGAGUUUCACGGUUGUUUCGGGGGAGGAAGCGACUCAGACUAACAGGGAUUACGGAGCCGUGGCUGCUCUGCGCUCAGCCGGCUGAUUGGAAUUUCUCCUGCAGACUUUAAAAACUUUGGGAAAUACAAAAGGAGCCGGAUACUUGGCGUUCAGUCGGGAAAUAAUUUGAAUCAUCGGAGCCUUGUGUUGAACGGACUGAAGAGACCCCAGGGAGAUGAUUGGCAGCUGAAGCCGAGACUUAACACAACUGUGAAUCAAUAACUUGGUGCUACUCUAAAAGCCAGUUGGCUUUUUGGUUCCUGGUGCUGAAGACAGAGGGAUCAGACGUUACAGAUAUUCUCAGUGUUGGAGUGAGGCCCUCUCUGUGCUGCAGUGGAGGGCUUCACAGAUACAGCUAGUCCGGCUGGAUGCAUCACGCAGUAGAGCAGUUUGGCGGGCGAGGCACACGGGAAUCCUUCCCUCUGGACGGACUCAACCGGGGGCCAUGGCCUCCCGUGGGCGGCCACGCCUGGCAGUCACCUGCCAGGUGUUCACCUGCAAUGAACCAACACCAGCUACAUCCUCAUCUACCUCCUGGGCCUAUGGGUGGAUUGAACCAUCACAGUAAAUACUCCAGUAAUGGCCCCAUGCGAGGAGGUGAAAAGCUUGAGCUCUCGCAGCAAAUGUUACCAGGUAUGCAGAGGGAACAGCAGAGACCUCCUCCCCACCAUCUUCAUCCUCCACCUCCCCACAGAGCAUAUGGCCAGCUGUAUGAUUCUCACCUUCCUUCUCAAGGACAUCAUGUUGUGCCACUCCCCAAUGACCAUUCACUCCGUCUCCAUAAUCGAGGCUAUUCAGGCAGCAGUGGGCCUCCCGCUAACCCACAUCUUCCCCCCAGCAGGCCAAACCAACUGAAGUAUGGGGGUCCUCAGGAGCAGCAUGUUCCCCGGGGUCCACCACUGCUGGGAGAUGAAAUGUGGGCUCAGGUGCACCAGCAGAGGGCCUACCCAGGGAAGAUGCCAGGGGGGCAGUUGAAGAGACCGGGCCCUCCAUUGGGAGAGCACUCUGUUAUUCAACACACUCCCACGCCAUCGCUGCAUCUGCCUUCCCACCCAGCAGCAGAAGACUCUCCAAGCCCCAGCAAGAGGAAGAAGAGUUCAGAUCAGGUAUCCCAUCCCGGGCUGCAGCGUUUCUCUGGUCCUGGCCAGUCCUUGUUGUCUCAGCAGCAGCCGUCAGUUCACCACCUCCCCCCGAAACCCGCCUUCUGGAACCCCCUCCACAAAGACAACAGUGCUCUCUGGCAACCCCAGACCUCUGAACGCAAGAACACACAAUCGCAGGAGUGCCAGCAGGAGAACCACAAACAAGGAAUGGGCAGCUACACUCAAAAGUUAUCCCCCCCAUCUUCCGCCCCUUCCAACCUCUCCCCUCCCCCAAACUCCUCCAUUGGAAGCUACAACCAGGGACGGGCUCCUCAGCUCCAGAAAGACACGUUACAACCUCAGGCUGUGAACCAUCAGUCCCCCCACUCCAACUACCCCAGUCCAAUCUCCAAACUGGAGCGAGCUCCACCCUGCCAGGCUAUGGAGCCCCGUGGUCUCCACAACCAGAGAGGCCCUCUCACUGGGAGCCAAGUUACCUCUCACGCAGCGUCUACUCCAACCAGGGGAGACCGAGAUCAUCACCUACAUGCCCAGUCGUCACCAGCAAAUGCUUCUGCAACCAGCAGCAACAGCAGCAGCAGCAGCCGCAGCAGUGUGCCUUACAGCCACUUCCAGCCUCAUCCAGGGCUGGGGCACCAGGGUCGUCCUCCUCCUGCCAGCAGCACCUCAGUACCUCAGCAACAGCAAAGUGGUCCCCAUGAGGCCUGGAGAUACCAGAGCAGGCCCAGCAGUCAGUCCCUGGAGUCAGGCAUCUACAGGCCUCCAGGUCUGCUACCUCAGCGCCAGCAGAGCCACAAUCAGGCCGUGGAUAGUCGGCUUCCAGGUCCCUCCCAGCAUCACCAUCACGUCAGCCCUCCUCUGCCUCCAACCAACUCCACUCGAACGCCCGUCAUCACGUCCAAUCCUCCCAUAUCCCAGGCCUCCUCCUGCUCUGUCGGCCGCUAUAGCAACAGCAGCAGCUCUAAUGCUGUUGCUAUGGCUGGCGUGUCCACGGCGACCGCAUCUCUCCCUUCUGGUUGCUCUGUGAACAAUGGCGGCAGUAAUAAAAGCUGGCAAAGAGUGAGAGACCCGACACCCCAGAACUCCACAAGCCCCAAAUCUCAGCUGGUUGCGGUGGUGCAGCCAAGUUUUCAGAGAGGCCAAGCUCCUACUGCCAACCGGUCUCAGCAACAGGGGCUGCACAGACCUCAACACCAGGGGCCCAAGUCCCAACCUAUGAAGGGGAAGGCGUCAUACUAUGCUCAGGCUGAACAGGACCCACCUUUUUCCUCCUCAUCAUCAUCAUUGUUCUCCUCAGGGCACCAGAGGGCAGGGGACAGUGUAAUUACAAGCAGGGUUUCCAAUCCACUUCCGAACUCUCCCAGCACGUACUGCCCACCUCCUCGAUCCACUGUCAACUCUGUUCCUCGACCAUCCAGUCCAGCGCUCCUGUCCAGACAGAGUCGUCAGCCAGACUCUGCCUCGACACAGAUGUACUCUCAGCCCCAGAUUCACCCACAAGUUCCAACCUCUGUUCCUCAGUCCAUUGAAGAGGCUCUAGACAAGCUGGACGCCGAGCUACAGGGACACAUGCAAGCUGAGGAGAGGAGGAGGAGGGACAGAGAGGAGCAAGAGAGGAAGAAGAGAGAAGAGGACAGGCAAAAGAAAGAAUGGGAAAUUAGGCAAAAGCGGGACGAGGAGAGGAGGAGGAAAGAGCUGGACGAGAGGAAAAAGAGAGAGAUGGAGAAACAGGAGGAGGAGAGGAGGAGGAAGGAAUGGGAGAGGCAAGAAGAAGAUCGGAAGAGGAGAGAAUUGGAGCGACUGGAGAAGGAGAGGAAAAAGAGAGAGUGGGAGAGGCAAGAAGAGGAGAGGAAUAAGAGAGAGUGGGAGAGGAAGGAGCAGGAACGGAAAAGGAGAGAACUGGAGAGGCGGGAGGAGGAGGAGAGAAAACGGAGGGAAGCAGAAAGGCAGGAACAGGAGAGAAAGAAGAAGGAACUGGAGAGGGAGGAGGAGGAAAAGAGAAAACAAAAAGAACUGGAGAGGCGAGAGGACGAGAGGCGAAGGAUGGAGCUCAGAAGGGAGGAGAAACAGUGCAGCGCAAAAGGAAAAGAGCAGACCGCUAUUGAAAAUCUGGAAAGGCUGCUCUCAGAAAACACUUCCUCGGCGCCUCCACCUCCUCCCCUCUCUUCUGUUACUGCGCCUCCUUCUGGUCCACCACCACCACCCCCCAGCUCCCAGGCUUCUCCCCCUUACCCAUGGCUCAGCCGUGGCGGCGUGCUCCCCUGUCCACCGGGUCAGGCACCGACCCCCGAGAGGCUGCGACCGCCUCCUCUCACGCCUCAGACCGAGUACGCCAGAGAAAAGCAGAGGCAGAGGGAGAUGUGGAGCAACAAUGGCGGAACGACAUUCAGCCCCUCAUCAACACACAAUACCUCAGGGAUGAACCAGCUGGUGUACCCCAACAAGCCCCCGGCAAUGCAAGCAGCACCCAACCAAUCCAAAGACGCAGCCAGGGAGAAAGACGGCAGCCAACACUCUCUCCCUACCUUGGCACUUAGAGAGCCCCCCAAACUGUAUCAGGCUUUACCGCCGUUAUCCUCCAGCUCCGCACGGGGAAUCCUCAACAAGAAGGCCACAGAAAAUGGUUUGGAAAAAGCCAGCAGCUGCAGCACUGACUCCGACAGUGCCCAGUUUGAGGAGGAGCCCUCUGAGAUGUCCACGAUGCUCUCCGAAGGUCUGGCUAACAUCAUGGCAAUGCUGGACGAGUCCAUCAAAAAGGAAGAGGAGAUGUAUAACAGUGAAAAGAUUCGGUCUAGAGGUCUCCUUGACAACUUUUCUCCUCAUGCCAAGCCAAGCAAGAGCUACCUGCCUGCCCCAGACCUAAUUCCGGCAACAAAGCAUCAGCCCAACCAGGAAGAUUUUGGAUCCAACUCCAGCCCUCCUGUUCUCAGCCGCCAAGGCUCUCUGGCAUCCCCAUGCAGCCGGACAUCUUCCCUCAACGAGGAAGAUGAGGAGUACCUCAAAGCUCCUUUAACUGUUCCUCUGAACACUAAGUCGUCUGCAGACAUGGGGAUGGGAGUGGGUAACACCAACUACCGCCACAGUGACCUGGCUAAGCUCUACGGCCUUCCUGAACAGUCUAAAAGCGAGGCUGACGAGGACGACGACGAGGAGGAUUCUGAGGCCCCGUCCUGUUCUCCACCACCACCACAAAGGCCCCACCUCCACCAGACAGGUGUCAACAGCAUGUUUAAGUCCCUAGCAACAGUCCUGGACAGCCCGAAGUAUGCUUACCGUGGGGGUCCUUUUGGGAGACCCCCUCCAUCGGCGUUGGUUGGUGUCAAAUAUUCUUCUUCGCUGUCACUGGGCCCUGACAUCUGCCGGCAGCAGCAAGGUAGCUCCCCCACGUCAGAUUCAACUAACCCACCAUCCCUAAAGUCCUCUCCUCGUUCUCUACUAGAAGACAAGAAACUGAAAAUGGAGGACUCUGAUGUCUGGACAGAUGAGGGGGAAACAGAGGAAAGGAUAAACCCCAUCAAAAAGAGGAGCGCUCCCAAGUCAAAGCAUAUGAAGUUUGUCAAGGAGGAGCAAGAGUUAACAACCAUUUCUGAGUCUACUCUGACAGAGUUGGGCAAGAGCUGUGAGAUCAUCCUCAAUCGAGAGUCGCUCCCCAACAAGAGCUCCUUCGACAAAGCCGAAGGCAAACUGGAGGACAGACACAAGCCUGGUAAAGUAAAGGAGCGCAGGGAGAAAGACAGAAAUAGGGACAGGGAGAAAGACAAGAAGAGAAAGCAUGGUCACAGCAGCAGGAAGCAUGAAGACAGGAAAGAAAAGAAGAAGCACAGAGAAAAGAGAGAUGAGAUGGUUUCCUCGUCGUCCUCCUCCUCUUCUUCAUCAUCAUUCACCCAUUCCAGUUCCAGCCACAGGCGACACAAGGAUGGCAAGAGCCACAAGGAGAAGAAGGAUCGAAGAAUCCUGGUCGACCUCAAUCACCAGAGGAAGGAAGGGUCGGAGAAGAGUCGCAGUCAUCACGACGCUGAUAAAAAGAAACGCAAGGAAGCGUCUGGAUCCAGCUCCACCAGUGAAGGGGAGCACGCGGAGUGGACCUCAAGUUCAGGAGAGAGAUCUGCUGAUUACAAAAAAGGCCCCGAAUCUGGUCCGUUGGGUUCCACCGACUUCCUGAAACUGAAGGCGCUGUCAGACGGGCCACCCAAGGAGCUGAAGAUCCGCCUCAUCAAAGUGGAGAGUGGGGACAGGGAGACGUUCAUUGCUUCAGAGGUGGAGGAGAAGAGGAUUCCACUGGAGGACAUCACCAUCAACAACACUGCGAAUGAAGUUAUUCGGUCCUGCAAGGGGGCCAGAAUCAGAGGGAAGUUCAGAGAAUCUUAUCUGCUGCAAGCUUUCUCUGUCAAACCCAUCAUAGGCUCAGAUGAACCCAUUCCUAGAGAGAAACUCAACCCUCCUACGCCGAGCAUUUAUCUGGAGAGUAAGAGGGAUGCGUUCUCCCCCGUGCUGCUGCAGUUCUGCACUGACCCCAAGAAUCCUGUUACCGUCAUCAGAGGGCUAGCUGGCUCUCUACGACUCAACCUGGGGCUGUUUUCUACAAAGUCACUGGUGGAAGCCAACGCAGAGCAGGCAGUGGAGGUCCGGACCCAAGUACAACAACCUGCUGAUGAGAACUGGGACCCCAGUGGCACCGGUCAGACGUGGCCCUGUGAGAGCAGCCGCUCCCACACCACCAUCGCCAAGUACGCCCAGUACCAGGCCUCCAGCUUCCAAGAGAGUCUGCAGGAGGAGAAAGGUAGUGACGAGGAGGAUGAUGAAGAUGACGAGAAGAAGCCGACAAACGUUUCCGAAAUUCCCAACAAGGACGGCUCCAAAGAAAGUAGCAAUGGCGACCAGAAACCAGUUGGGAAGAUCAUUAAAUUUGGCACCAAUAUUGACCUCUCUGAUCCCAAGAGGUGGAAGCCUCAGCUUCAGGAGCUGCAGAAACUUCCAGCGUUCAUGCGCGUGGCAUCCAGUGGAAACAUGCUGAGCCACGUUGGACACACCAUCUUAGGCAUGAACACGGUCCAGCUCUACAUGAAGGUCCCAGGCAGCCGAACACCAGGUCACCAGGAGAAUAAUAACUUCUGCUCAGUGAACAUUAACAUCGGCCCUGGAGACUGUGAGUGGUUCUCUGUCCAUGAGAACUACUGGCAAGCCAUCAAUGACUUCUGUGAAAAGCAUGGAGUGGACUACCUGACGGGGUCCUGGUGGCCGGUGUUGGAGGACCUCUACAACGCUAACAUCCCCGUGUACCGCUUCAUCCAACGGCCUGGAGACUUGGUGUGGAUCAACGCUGGCACUGUUCACUGGGUUCAGGCCGUAGGCUGGUGCAACAACAUCGCCUGGAACGUCGGCCCACUCAAUGGUUACCAGUAUCAGCUGGCCUUGGAGAGGUUUGAAUGGAACGAAGUGAAGAAGGUCAAGUCCAUUGUUCCCAUGAUUCACGUGUCCUGGAACGUGGCCCGCACUCUCAAGAUCUCCGACGCAGACACCUACAAAAUGAUCAAACACUGCCUACUGCAGUCCAUGAAGCACAUCCAGAUCCUGAGGGACCAACUGGUGGCUGAAGGCAAAAAGAUUUCCUAUCAGAGUCGGGUCAAGGACGAACCUGCCUACUACUGCAACGAGUGUGAUGUGGAGGUGUUCAAUUUGUUGUUUGUGACAAGUGAGAGCAACAGCAGGAAGACAUAUGUGGUUCACUGUGAGGACUGCGCCCGACAGCGUAGCCCCAACCUGACCAACGUAGUGGUGCUGGAGCAGUACCGCAUCGAGGAGCUCAUGAACACAUACGAUUCCUUCAACCUGGCUUCCUCCUCCCGGUGACAGAGCUCCCCGCCUGCGUCUCCUCAGCCAUAACCAAAACUCCUGCAAGCCAGGACAAAAAAAAAGACAGUGACGCUCUGGUUUCCACCUUUUCAUUAUUCAGCAUCAAUUUUUGCUACUACUACUACUACUGCUACUGCUACUACUUGCCGAACAGCCAGUUGAAUACGUUUACUCGUUACUGUUUACAAAAAGAAAAACCAAGCCGCCAAUAAAAUACCAGUUUACUCUCAGAUGGUGCUUUCAACCAGAAACCCCGGGCAGCCCGCGAGGCUGACACCCCCGGGGGGCAGUUGGUGCUGCCAUUGAACAAACUGUGGAGGGUAGUUGAUGGUUUCAAUGGCGUGUUUCUGUCAGUACCAGAAAGAACUUUUCUGUUGUUGUCUUGAAUACUGAAAUUUGUACAUGCUGUUUGAAAAUUUUUGUGGGGUGCUGUCUUUUUAAAAAAUAAUUUAUUGUUUUUUUUUGGUCGUUGUUUUUUUUUUUUGUUUGUUUUUUUUUAACUAGAUCAGCCUAGAUAUAUACCACAUUGGCCUUGUAUUUAGAAAAGAGAGAAAAUGAAAAAUACUAAUAAUAGAGAUAUGAACAUUUUUCUAAAGCAUUAAGAAUUUAAAAAAAAAAUACAAUUGUUUGGAAUGCUUCAAAAGAUACGGGUUUUAGCGACUUUGGUUGUUUGAGGGGUGGGGAAGGUUCAUCAGUUUUUUGUUUUUUCAAAAUUAUUGUAUGUGUUGUAAAUCUUGUUUUUAUGAAUUAUACUUUUAUUUCUCCUGGAGAUUAAUAUUCAGUUGUCACACAUCAUCAGGUUGUUUUUUGUGUUUGUUUUUUUUGUUUUUUGGUUCAUUUUUUCCAUCUCUUCAUGAACUUUUGAGAAAAAAAAAAGAAGAAGAAGAAAAGAAAAAAGUCAUUGUCAUCUGGUGUGUGUGUUGUACCUCUGUUUUUUCUAUAUGCAGACUUAGUAUUUCCUGGAUUUUAUUUGGCAUUGUACAUUUAAUUUAAAAAUGUUUCCUCUAUUUAUUGGAUAUCAAUGUUCUCCCUUUUCUUUCUUUUUUUUUUUGUAAACGGGGUUGUACAAUUUUGCUAUUUUUCCCCUUUAUUUUUUAUGGUGACCGAUUGCUCUGUACGAACUGAAUCGUGGAGGCUGUAUGUCCGCGGGACGGGAGGCUGCUGUUUCUCUGGUGCUCGCCUCUCGACCCCCACCUUUUCUCUCCUGAUAUAUAUUAAAUUAUAUCUUUAUCUUGAAUAUAACACCACCUUUCCUGUAGACGAUAGACACACUGCUCACGUAGAGAAGAUGACUAAUGGAAUGCUGUGUUUGUAUGCUCAUUAAGGAAAAAAAAAAACUUUUUCCAAAGUGUUUUGAGAAAUGGUAAUUUUUUUUUUUUUUUUUUUUUUACUGCGUAGGGGGCUUUUAGAUGAGAUUUUAAUGAUUUUAUGAUAUUUGUUGAAUAUGAUAAUGGGAUAGAUGGUGCUAAAUGUUCUCUAUGAACAACUUUUUUUUUUUCUUUUUGUCUUCUUAAAAUGAGAAUUCUAUUUUUCCUGUUGCAAUAUUACCUUACACUUUUUCCCUUCUCUUUGUGGUCAUUUAUUUAUAACUGCACUGUUUAGAGAAUUCACACGGACAUACUUGCAGACACACACACCAAACUGAGCCAGACAUGUCUUAAACACUUGUGAAUUUGUGUGACAUUACUAUGACUAUUAAUAAUAAACGCUUUUUGAUAAAUCCA